GGCGUGCCGCGGCUGACGUCAGGAGCGCAGUGGAGUGCGCGGAGUUGAAAUAGGGCAGAACAGGCGCGCAGGGCUGAGAGGAAAGCAACCCGAGGAGCCGGAGGGUGGCAAGCUGCCGCUGAGAGUUGGAACUCGCUACCCGUCGCUACUCGCGCAGCUGUGUGACUGACACCACCACCACAACCACCACCCAUCCUUUGAUCCGACCCCGUCCAUCCCUGCCUACCGGGAGAAGAGGGCUGGAACUACCGAGCACAGUUUGGACGAGUCACUGCAAGGACGCCUGUGGCAUAUUUGCGGCAAUUUGGCUUUUUUUUCUCCCCCCUCCCACCUUUUACCUCGGAGCUUCACAGGUUUCAUGGGCAGCCUGGGUGUUUGGGCCGUGGCUGUGGCCGCUCUGCUGGGAAUGUCCGGAUGCUGGUUGGCUGAAGGACACAAGAGCAACAAGCGAGACAGCAUGGAUAGAGCUUCACGCGUUUCCUCCCGCGAGAUGCAUCCAGGGGGGAAGGGAAAAGCAGACGAGAACAUCUAUCAGACUCCUUCUGAUCCAGAUGGAGACCCGUGUCGGAGAACCAACUGUGGUCGCGGUCGACAGUGUGUUGUGAUGGCAGAAACUGGCCGAGCUGAGUGCGUUUGCCAGGAACACUGCCGGCCCUCCUUUGUACCAGUGUGUGGUUCAGAUGGCAGGUUCUAUGAAAACCACUGUGAGGUGUACCGCACUGCCUGUCUGGAAAGGAGACGGAUCUAUGUGGUACACAGCAAAGACUGCUUCUUCAAAGGAAGUGCAUGCACCAUGUCGGAGUACAACAAGCUGAAGAGCACACUACUAGACAUGCAGCCAAAAGCACUGAAGACUGCAGAGCAGAACCAACAGAGGGACAUGGAGGAGAAGAGAGGGCUGGUGGACGCCAUGUUUAAAUACUUGGACGUGAACCAGGACGGCCGACUCAUCGCUGAUGAACUAGAAAAGAUCUCAAUGAAGGAACAUCUGGGGGACAGUCUCUUGGAGUGCACCAUGCAAGACUUGCUGCAUUAUGACGAUUACAACAAUGAUGGACACCUCAGUUUGCACGAGUUCUACACAGCCUUCCAGGUUGUCCAGCUGAGUCUGGCAGAAGACCAGAGAGUCAGCUUCUCCACGGUAACAGUGGGCCUGAGCGCUGUUCUCACAUGUGCGAUUCAGGGAACACUGCGUCCACCAAUCAUCUGGAAGAGGAAUGGGAUCAUAUUAAACUUUCUGGACUUGGAGGAUAUCAAUGACUUUGGAGACGAUGGCUCCCUGUACAUCACCAAGGUGACAACAAUCCACAUGGGAAACUACAGCUGUCAUGCUUAUGGCUAUGAAGACCUCUACCAGAUACAUGUGCUGCAGGUGAAUGUUCCUCCAGUGAUUUUGGUCUACCCAGAGACCCAGGCCCAGGAGCCCGGCGUGUCUGCCAGCCUCCACUGCCAUGCUGAUGGGAUCCCAAAUCCCAAACUCCUCUGGCUGAAGAAUGGCAUGGAUCUGCAAGCUAGCUCCUCUAAACAGCUCACUCUCAUAGCAAAUGGUAGCGAGCUCUUUAUCGGCAGUGUUCGAUAUGAGGACACAGGAGCUUACACCUGCAUAGCCAAGAAUGAGGUGGGAGUGGACGAAGACAUUUCCUCUCUUUUUGUUGAAGAUUCAGCCAAGAAGACCCUUGCAAACAUUCUUUGGAGAGAAGAAGGGCUGAGUGUAGGAAACAUGUUCUAUGUGUUUUCUGACGAGGGCGUCACUGUUCUGCAACCCAGCGAAUGUGAAAUACGGAGACAUAUCAAGCGGACAGAGAGGAUUGUUUCCACAUAUGAGGAGAUGUGCCCCAAAGGUGAGGGAGUGUCUCCUCAGCGCUGCGUGUGGUCCUCAGCAGUCAACGUUAGGGAUAAAUACAUCUAUGUGACACAACCUCUUCAAAGCCGCCUGCUGGUUGUUGAUAUCCAAGCGCAGAAAGUCGUUCAGGCUGUGGCAACAGAUGCUUUUCCUGUGAAGCUGCUUUAUGACAAGUCUCAUGACCAGGUGUGGAUUCUAACAUGGGGAGAUAUGGACAAAACACACCCAACCCUGCAGGUAAUUCCUCAAGCCAGUGUGGGAGAAGUUCAUCAUACAAUUCGGACAACUUUCCAGAGGGUGAAUGACUUUUUCAUCCCUCCAACUAACCUCAUCAUCACUCAUGUGAGGUUUGCCUUUGUCUUCCUCAGAAAUGAACCUGCGAUCCACAAGAUUGAUCUGGAAACCUUUCACCGUGUCAAGAGCAUAAGCCUGAAGAACUACAGCUGCAUACCAGCCAGCAUGGCCUAUACACACCUGAGCGGUUUCUACUUUGUCCAGUGUCAGAGCAAGAGUCAUCUGCAUGCCCCACCCCAACUCCUCAUCGACAGCGUGACAGACGCUGUGAUUGGCCCUAACCUCAAUGUGACAGGCCAGGCCUAUGUGUCACCAGAUGGCCGUUACAUUGUGACACCUGACCCACAAAGCUCAAAGCUCAUAGUACAGACAGUCUCCUUCCAGGGGGAGUUGAAUCUUAACAAGGAAAUUGACAAGUCUUUAAAUGUUUCUGAUCUAGUUUUCCAGCGAUCCUUCACGGAGUCUAACCAGCAUGAGAUUGUGGCCACAUCAAGGUCAGGCACGGACUUGCUCUUUGCUGAUCUUUCUUUGGGCCGAACCGAGGUUCUCCAGAGUCUCAAAGAGCCAUUGGCCCCCAAGGCUUGGCCCUGGGCGGGCCCAAACAGAGUGGUGGUUUCCAGUGGGUUGUUUGGACAGUACCUGGUGACGCCAUCUGUUGAGUCUCUGUUUGUCCUUAACGGAAAGCAGAGAACGCCACACUGCGAGGUGUCAGACAUCAAAAGAGGAAACACAGUGGUUUGGGUCGGAGAUGUAUGAGUUAAAAAGACAAUAAAGAAAAGCAGGAGAUGUAGUAUUAGUGCAAGAAAUGAAAAAAGAACAAGCGGAGGAAAUCAGGCCCAAUAACCUAAUAAGAUUUAUCUGAAAAGAAGUUGUGGACUCAGCCAUGGGACUGAGCAGGAGGGUAAACAUGGCUGGGUUUCCUGUUAUAAAAGUUCACCUAAAAAUAGAGCAAUUGAAAUAAGACUAAGAGAAUAUGUUGUGAUGUUUCUAUUGGGAGAAAGUAUUAAUGCCGUUCAGUGCAACAGUGAUCUAUGUGCACUUAACUAAACAGAAUUGUACAUUAUUGCACUUCCGUCCAUGUUAUCACAGCAAAUAGGUUUCUGGAGACGUGUUAUUAAGGAACUAUGAACUAUGCACAAUGCUCACUUUUUUUAGAAUCAAAAGCUUUCCAGUUUUUCUUUAUAUCAACAAUGUUUGUCGUUUUCACCAGUGCUGCAUAUAAUCACCACAAGCUGUUUGUCCUGUCUGCCUUUAGUGUAUACGUGUUCAGUCUUUUAAAAAGCUACAAACACCACCUGUUUACUCACUUUGUUCAUGGUAUUGUACUGUACUUUCCCUCUGAAAGCUUUCAUUCUUCUCAUACCAGCAGAGGUUGGCUUUAUGCACAUGUGUAAUUCCCACUAUUUUCGUUAUCUAUCCAAAGAGCCCAAUUGGUACAUUAGCUGUCGACAAUGGGUGUUUUGGUCGUGGGGGAAAUGAAAAGUACAUCCUCUGGUCUCUUGUAACGGUGUAAUCUGUCCCUUGCUGUCUCUCACUUUUACUCGAAACCUCCAGCUCAACUCUGUGCUGUGAAGCCUGAAAAUGCCACUUAUACCACUUAGCAGAUUCCCUCAGGGUAAUGACUCUGGUUUACACUGACCCAUAUGCCAAGGCUGUGCAAAAGCAGCAUCAACUCCACCAUCUAAAGGGCUGUGAGCAUUUGUGCAUCCUCAAACAGAAUUGACCAUUAAAGCUAAAAUUCAAGCCAAGUAGACUUGAAUUUUUAGCCAUUAUACUUAUCAGAUGGAGAUUUGUAUUACAGCUGAGUCAGGAUGAAAACGUAUUUGGGAAGAAGAUUGGAAGGCGGCUCAGCCAAGUUUUCAUCUGUGUAAAAUAUUGCUGUUGUAAACCUGUAUAGCCACUUUUGAAAGGAAAAACAUUUGCGCAGACGGCAACUGAACAAACACCAGCAACUCGACUCUAACAGCACAUACUUUAGGCCUGUGGGUAAAUUGCAUCAUCUUUAGUGUAACUGUGUUGUUUCACUUGUGUUAAUCAUAAUGAUGAGCCAUUACCAAACAAGACAACAUUGCAGCUUUCUCUGCAGUUUCAUAAUGACAGGGACUAUUUGUCUCCAAGUAUUUCUGCCUCUUGACAGCGGUGCUGAUCAACACGUAAAUACUUAGUUUGAAUAAUGACUCACUGACUUUGAAGUAUAAAAUGAGGUUUCUGGCAAAGGUUUAAUCUUUCCAUUUUUGCUUUCUAUCAGGAGCAGCAAGAUUUUUUCAGAAGCUGACAUCUUGACUGAAAACCUUCAUUUUAAAAGAAUGGAAUCAUGACAACAACACCACCCCAGAUAGGAAAUGGCUGAAGCCAGUGUCACAUUACUCAUUUGCAUUACUUUGCAGAUGUCAAAUCUGCCUAAUUAAAUGUAAUCCUGAGAAGAGUGGCCAUCAACAAAAUGGUCAAAAGGAAUUAAUUUAGUUAAUGACCUCAUAAUGACCACUGCAACGAAUUCAUUUGCAUUUUAUGAAGGAACUUCACAUGGGUUGAUUGAGCCUAAACUAAACUGACAACUGCCCCACUUGGUUAUGAAUAAGACUGCUCCUUAAGACGUCCAGGCACAGUGUCAUAUCAAUUACAUACAAAGAAGUAAAAAAAAAUGUAAAUAUCUAAAACUCUUACAUGUAUUGGCUAGCGGAUGCAUUGAAACAAGAUGACCACUGACUGUUUGUCAAAGCUGUGUGAUAAAAAAAGUAUCCAAGAACAGCAGAGAAAAAAAUGAUAAUUUGUCAGAUAAAACGACAGAUCAAGCAAGAAGUUAGUUCUCUUUUUAUAAACUAUCAAGAUAUUUAGUCCAUACAGAGCAAUUCAUUAAAAAAAAAGUCCAAUCCAAGUCAAGUGAUAUCAUUGCCAGCUAAAGAUUUUUAAUGUUUAAAUUUAAUUAAAACAAAAAAAAUUGUAUGUUCUUUAAGUCUGUAGAAUUAAAAAAAAACGUUAAUUAAAUUUACAUUUUUGGAAACAUGUUUUCCUUCCAAAUUUGUUUUAAUCAAAGGACACAUUUUGAAGAAGAAAAACAUUACAGGUAGACUGCUAACAAUUUAGUUGUGUUAUGUUAACCAGCAGGAAUUAAGUUACCCUAAAUAAUAGAGUAAUGGAUCAUCAAGUGGUAAAUUCUUUGGUUUAAUAAUUUGUCAAAUCUUAAACCCUAAAUUUUAAGUUGGCAAAUAUUAAUCUGUUUUCUAAUUUUUGCUGCUCACUAACAGUUCCGCGAUCAUUUUUAUACUCAUGUUAACAUUGCUAAUUAUUUUAGCACAGUUUCCGGGAAACCUAUAAAUCAAUCAUUACAAUUCAGCCAUAUAUUACGUGAUUAUAUCAAAGAUAAAUUAGACGGCAGUGAAAAUUUGGAAUAAGUGAUUUGCUACAGGCAGAUGAAAUAAAUCAAGUUUUAUUGAAAAUGUUCCUGCCUCAGUCCCUGCCAGCAGUGCUUUAGAAAGACAAAUAACGUGUACAAAUUCCCGCAGCCUUUUAGAUUGUGCAGUUGGUGACCUGUUUUCAUGUUUAUUGGAAGACACAUUGAAGCCAUUUCAAGUUAAAGUCCUGCUGUAGCAUCUUUAGUUUGGUGAACACUGGUGCUACAGGCUCCCCUUAUAAACAGUAACCUAAGAAAAUAGUAAGUGCCCCUCUUGCAGCGUGAUUGUGCCUGUAGCAGUCCACCUGGAUUAUAUGUGUAGAGCAGAAGCCAAGCUGUGUUAGAAAAAUGGAGGAUUGAAGCAGAUUUGGUGUUCUUGUAACUUUGGUGUUUGCUGCUAAACCCAACCACAAAGACUUUUCUUUCUUAAAAGAAAAUAAUUAAAAAUCACAGUUGAUGAAACAGCAUUGUUGGUAUUUCUUAGACCACUGUUGCACUGAGAACAAAUGCAUAUCGAAUCUGGAGUAAAAUUUGAAAAGAUCAUCUAGUUUUCUAAAAAAUAAAAGGGAAAAAAAGAGACUUUCUAAAGUGACUUUAACAUCAAAUAUUGCUCAAUUCUUUCUUUAAACAAGUUCACUUUGCUAAGCGGCUCUGAGACAUGCAUGUAACGGCAGAUCUUCAACCCGUCUACCACUGAUGAUCAGUGAUCUCACAGUCAGUUUUACCACCUGCUUGUGAAAAAGUCACUUUCCAGCCCCUGUCAUCGUUGUACCUGUUGAUUCAGAAGUAGGACAUUGCUACUAGAGCCAAGGAGAGCAAGAGCAAAGACACUGCACUUGUGCUUGCUAAUAUAAUUGGCUAGCUCAUGUUAUUUGUGUGGAUCUAUCCUCAGUGUCACAUGACCACUCCUGUAGCUCUCCUUUAUUCCUGAAGUAAGGAGCUGCAGAGCUGAAACGCUCAGUGUGAUAGCGCCCUUGAUAGGAACCACUGUUGUAGAUAACACUGUACAUGUUUAGAACAUGUUCAGACAUGACAGAAGUGACUGUACAGUUUUCUUUAUGCAUUUUUGUGUGUUCUGGUUUAUGAAGGAAUUGUUUUGUAAGAAAAAAAGGAAUAAAAUAUAUUGUAAAAAUCA